CUCACACACACACACAUACUUUCUCUCUCAUCAACCCACUUACUUCAUCUUUCUCUCUCCUCUUCCCCUCUUCUCCUCUCUUCACUUUACUUUUAUUAGCUUAUUCAAUACACUUUUUGCUUCCAGCUAUAAAUCCUUCACCUGUCUAUUACGUUUUUGCUUUCCCUUUACUGUUUCUUUCUCUCUCUCUAAACGGUUUCCUCCAUUUCAAACCAGGCUUCCUUUCCAGCUAGUCUGGUCCCUCCCUCAUCCUUAAGCACAGUACCCACCAACCGUUUUUCCCCACCAUUGCUUUUUCCUCUUCAAAAAUCUACCCAUUUUCACUCUCUCUCUUUCUCUCUCUGCAUAUUUUUUUUUCUCUUCAUAAAAAUAGUAUUUUUGUCUGUCACUCCAAUAAAUCUUUGUUUAUUUAUUUCUUGGUAUCUUAGUCUUUUUGCUUUGAGUUUAUUUGUGACCCACUUGAGGUCACCUAUAGUUAAACUACAUGUAAAAAAAACUGCAUCUUGGUUUCGUAGGGCUUAUUCUGGUAUUGUUCUGGCAUUCCUGCACCUAUCUAUGCUCAUUGGGUUCGUUGAUGUUCAGAGAGAAAACCCUUUGUUGCUUCUGUGGGUGCUGGAAGUAGAGGAUCAAGGAGGGUGAUUUCGAUCAACACAAAGGAGGGAAUGUCUUGAUUCUACUCUCUGAAGAAUUUGGAGGACUGAUUUGAUCAGCUUGUAGCAGCCAUGUCAGGAAACAGUUCUUUGCAUGUGGGAUUAUCGAGGAAGACUUCGUUUUUGGGAUUGCGAUUAUGGGUUUUGAUUGGGAUAGGUGUUGGUGUUUUUAUAGUUGUGAUUCUUUGUGUAUUAUCUGCAUGGGUGAUGUUUCGGAGAAAGUCUCGGGGAUCUCUGGACAAGUACUCUUUGUCGCAAAUACCACAUAUCUCAAAGGACAUCAGAGUCGACAAGGUUGGGGUGCAGACUUCUCACGAUCAACCGGACAGUGUAGCUAUUCCUGUUUAUGACAAACCGAGUGAGAACAACUCGGACAAGUUCUUGGCUCAUUUGAGCAAGAACAAAUCCGGCGAUGCUGAUAAUAUCAGUCAGUGCAGCUCGGUUUAUCAUCAUGAGAGAGGAUUUAGUUCAAUGUCGGGGGAUGAAGGAAGCUCCGGGACUGUUAAGAAGCAGUCUGCAUCGUCAUUUGGAGGAAUGGUAACAGCAUCUCCUCUAGUUGGCUUGCCAGAAUUUUCUCAUCUCGGGUGGGGCCACUGGUUCACACUUAGAGAUCUGGAAAUUGCAACUAAUCGCUUCUCUCCAGAGAAUGUGAUUGGUGAGGGUGGAUAUGGGGUUGUUUACAGGGGAAGCUUGAUCAAUGGAUCCGAGGUGGCAGUGAAGAAAAUUCUUAACAACUUGGGACAAGCAGAGAAAGAAUUCAGGGUGGAAGUAGAGGCUAUUGGCCAUGUUAGACAUAAAAAUCUUGUACGAUUACUUGGUUAUUGCGUAGAAGGGGUUCACAGGUUGCUGGUAUAUGAAUAUGUGAACAAUGGUAACUUAGAACAAUGGCUACAUGGGGCUAUGAGCCAACAAGGGACACUUACCUGGGAAGCCCGGAUGAAAGUUAUAACUGGAACAGCCAAAGCGCUAGCUUACUUACAUGAAGCAAUAGAACCGAAAGUCGUUCACCGGGAUAUAAAGUCAAGCAACAUAUUGAUUGAUACUGAUUUCAAUGCAAAGGUUUCUGACUUUGGUUUGGCCAAACUUUUGGAUUCAGGAGAAAGUCACAUUACUACUAGAGUAAUGGGAACAUUUGGUUAUGUGGCACCGGAAUAUGCUAAUACAGGUUUGUUAAAUGAGAGGAGUGACAUUUACAGCUUUGGUGUUCUCCUGCUUGAAGCAGUUACUGGAAGGGAUCCUGUGGACUACUCACGUCCUUCUAACGAGGUGAAUCUUGUUGAAUGGCUCAAGAUGAUGGUGGGGACAAGGAGAACUGAGGAAGUUGUCGACUCAAGGCUUGAAGUGAAACCAUCAAUACGUGCUUUAAAGUGUGCUCUUCUAGUUGCUCUUAGAUGUGUUGAUCCCGAAGCAGAAAAGAGGCCCAAAAUGAGUCAGGUUGUGAGGAUGCUUGAAGCCGACGAAUAUCCAUUCCGAGAGGAUCGAAGAAAUAGAAAGAGCCGCACCGCGAGCAUGGAAAUUGAAUCUCUGAAGGAUAUUUCUGGUCCAUCUGAUGCUGAAAAGUUGAAGGGUGGGCAUGCACCAGAAACAACUCAAGGGUAGGAUUGACAGCCACACUUGACUUAACCAGCAUGUACAAUUGGCCUUGUUUCGAUUUCAGUAACCAAUCAAAUACACCAUAUAUGUUCAAAGUUUGUCUUGAGAUAUUUUUUUGCCGCAUCUGAGGAGAGAAUCAAUUCUGAGACUGAGAGGAGAAUCAAGUUGGAGAUAUAGCUUAUUUGGACAAUGAAGCAUUUUCUUAUUCACAACAUGGUUAUUUAAGGAUAUGAUAUGAUAUGAUACACCAAAUUUGCUAGGAGGAUGGAGUCAGGGUGAGUGCAUUAGUUAAUGUUGUACAUACAGAUGUCUGCUGAGCCAAUCUCUUCCAUACAUGACUGUUAAUUUGCUGCCAUUUUUGUCUGCUUGAGAGUGGAGAUGAUGAAAAACUGAUAUUUGGCUUCAUUGUAGUUGCCGUUUUGCUUUAAGUUAAUCAUUAUGUAUAAACUCCAAAAAGUAUUAUGUGAAGUGAUAAUAUCCCUUUUACUUUUGCAGUAGUUCUGACUUGAUUGUGCUA